UCGAAUGUCGGAGAGUGAGGAGGUCGCGAACCGUGCUAGCAUAACUCCGUGUGGUGCGUGUGUUUAGUACAUGUUGUGCUGUGGGCUGUUGGCCUUCGUGGCUGUUGGCCCUUCGUGCGAAGAUUCAGCAGAGCAGCAAUCGCAAGUGCAUACGAGAUCUGCCUGCUCCCUGAUCUUCUCCACCCCCUCAUGAGCGGGUGAACAUUGCGUGUUACAACGUGGCGUUGAUGACUCUCUCAUUCUGGCGAGAGUGAGUGCGGACUGACUCUCGUACAACGCUUCGCAUCGAGUCAGAAACUAAAAAAGGGAGAGCCUGAAGAAUUUACAAAUGUGUGCUGGUAGUAGUGCUGGUUGCUUUAGCACUUUAAUGAUGUUAUGCUGUUAAUGUUGGAGGUAUUUUGAUGUGCUGUGACUGCUCACUGCUGAUGGUUAUUGCAUACUGAUGCUGCGUGCAUCCCGAAAGCUGCCAAGGAAUCAGUCGUCGGAGGAGUGUCGAGAGCUCUGUAGGAAAGGACCAGCGAUAGCUGGAGUGGCAUAAAAGUGUAUGCACUUUUCGUUUUAUCUCUUGUUGAUUCUGUAUUGUUAUACUUUAAGCUAAACACAACUAAAUAUUUGAUUUCUUGUGUUUUCGUUUCGAUUGUCUUUUCGAGUUGAAGUGGAUCCAGAGUCGUGUAUGUUGUGUAAAGUUUUGGGUAAAAAUUGAAAACUUGCAUGUCUUGUUUUGACGGGAACCGCCAUCGUGUGAUAAAAAUGAGAAAAAAUAUUUGUUGAACGGCAAUUAGUUCGUUCACAGUUUCUCGAACUAGUUUCGAUUACAGAUAAAGUGCGGUGAUGUAUGUUGGACAUUGUAACUUUCGAAGAAACGAAUGCUGAAAAGUAAUUUUGAAAGGUUGACCCAGCGCCAGUCAACCCGAGAAAAAGUGCAUGAAAUUGAAAAAUCGAUAAAAUUUUAUUGCACCUAAAACACACAGCAUAUACACAGCAAUCAGUGUUCGUCUUUGUUGUUGUUUUUUAAUAUCUGCCCGUGGAAUAACAAAACUGUCAAGAAGCAAACAAGGCACAGAAAAUUGUAUGGAUCAGGUCGAUAAGAUACCGGUUUCGAAUGAUUUAGUUCACACUAUCCCGUUCCGUGGUUUUCUUUACUGCAUGAGUUAAGUCUUCGAUUGUUUAUUUUCGUUGUGGAAGUUCGCGUGUUGCCAGAGACAAUAAUGUUCAUAUUGUCUGUGUUUUCGCGAUUGAUGGCAAAUAGAUAGAGUAGGAAGUUAACAUAGCAGCAAAAUAAACGCUGUAUCGGGUUAAGGCUGCAGCGAAAAAGAACAUCCGCUAGAAGACAUACCGAGUGCCGGCCAACAAUAUUAAACAAAUAAGUUUAGAACAAGUAACUAUGCUCAAGUAUCUAACGCACAAACUUCGCACACAAUCAAUCAACGAUGAGAACCCAGUCAAUGAAAAGAUUGACGGUCACGAUUCGGGCACGGAGUCCGACGGAGACUUGGAACAGGAGGAUGAUUUGAUUCAGGAACACGACAUGGAGCUGAGUUUAAGCUCCCGUCAUGACACGGCGUCCCCAACGGACACUGCCUGUUCAUCGGAGUCACCGGUGUUCCUGGGACCAGCCUCACAUCACCUGCUGUACGAUCAGAACAGUUCCGAAGAGGAACUGGAAGUAAUCAACGGUGGAGUCCUGGAGGUGGGUGCUGAAACCGAUGGCAAUGCGGGCGGUGAUGGUGAUGAAGGUGGAAUCGAUUGUGCUGGCGUUGGCAGCAGUGAAAGUGUUAAUGAUUUUGGUGGUAUUUUGAUGAUCGCCAGUCGGCAACGGUUAUCGGAGGCCAACGUUAACGACGACAUCGAUGAUUGCACUGAUGAAAUCUACUCGGCAACGUCUCCGACAGUUGGUUUGCUGCGGCCCUUAGCCAUCACCCCGACCCAGUUGGCAGCGUCCAAGCGUUGUAGUUCAAACAAUCUACUCGAGAAGCGCAAACGCUCACUAGCGCACAGCUCGGACGACGAGGUUCGCCAUUUAUUAGAGCAUCAGAAUCAACAGCAUCACCAUCAUCACCACCAGCAAACACUUAUGUCGGCUCCGGUGAAUUUUCGCACAUCACCACCUCUAGAAGCUUUAAAACCGCACCGUGGCCAUAUACUUCAGCGGUCUACCACUCCGCUCAUCCUCACGGAAAGUGGGCGCGGUCUGGAACACAUUAGAAUAUCAUCCUCUUCAUCGAUCUCGUCAACGACGUCUUCACUCUCGUCUCUGGGAGGUUGUGGAGCUGGUGGUGGUGGUGGUGUUGGGGGGUCAACAUCUAUUUACGGAGGCGUCGGCGGUUUGCCCACUUGUGAUAGCCCUUCGUCAGUCAACUAUAGCACUAACAUCAACCAUCAUAAUCACCCACAACCACAUCAUCAACAUCAUCAUCAACAACAACAACAACAACAACAUCAUCAUCAUCAUCAGUCACAACAACAACAACAGCAGCAGCAACCACAUCAUCAACAGCAGAAUAGUAACAAUCGAACACUGUUAAGUACAACUAAUACUUCCACUGCCACCGCAACGGGAGCAGUAGGGAUAUCAUUCGUAGGUCAAGAAGCGGCCAGUUCAAUGGGCACCGUAGUAACCAAUAUGGAAAUUAGCCGGUCGGUUAGUCCCCCCGCAAAGGUGUUUCACUGUGCGGUGUCCCCCCGUCGGAGGCAGCCACGACAUCAACAGCAGAGGCUGCAGAGGCCCCACAGGCCCUGUUUAGAUUUCGAUAAGAUGCAACAACUGAAAGCACGUUCUGUGACCACUUGGAGGCACAGCAACGAGCACUCGGGCGAACUGUCCGUUUUUUGCUGGUGAUGAUGAGUUACCGACGAACGGUUUUUCGACUGCAACGACGACGAAGACAACGUUUGUCCGCGAGUGAAGGCGUGUUUGAUACGUACGUACUGCUGCGCUGAUCAUCAUCCUGCGACCUUCCGUUACAGUGAAGCGUUAAAAGUAUAACGUAUCCCAGUUUAGGUUUUGAAAUAUUAUUACAGUACUUCAUAGCAGCAGGUACUAAACAGUAUAUGAUAUUUGAAGUAAGAAUGAAUGAUACUAGGAAGUACAGAACGUAGGACUAGAACAAAAAAAAAUCUGCUCUCACCAGCAUCAGGAUGUAUUUCAGUGCAUCAUGUACUUGUUUUAUAUAAAUAUGAUACUAGUGCGAAAAUCUCUCUGGAUGGUUUGCAUCGACAGAAACUACUGAAACGAAUGGAUGAGAGCACGAACAUGAUGUCGGUUGCAAUUUUGAAAAUGUAAGCAAAUUUUGUUAUUGGUGUGUAGGAAUUUACAAAUAUUUUAUCAAUUACCUUAUUAUUACCUAUUAUAAAACAUACCUUUCAAAGCGAUUUUGUGAUUUUAAUAAUUAGUAACGAAUUUUUAAGUUUAACAUUUGCAUCUUACGAUUAAACUGCAAUUUACAAUAAGCGGUAAAUACAACCUUCAAUAACUAACGAAGUACAAGCGUUGCAAUCGAACGGUGAGUAUUAUCAAAGAUUUCGCUAUAUUCGGAGACACUGGAAGGCUGAAAAAAUAAAUUGUGGUAGAUAUGAUAAAUUCGAAAGAGUGACAGCUCAAUUGUUCAAUAGAAAUGAAAAUUUGGUCAAUGUUGCCAUUGUGAACGAUUUUGUGCCCAAGAAGUACCACGGUAUGCGAGUCCGAAAACGAACGACCAUAAGCAUUUGUUGAACUCCAGAUAGAAUUCAACGAGACUCUGAAGUUCAGGAAUAAUCAAAUUGCAAUCAAUCGUUUCAUAUAAAGCAACUAAGUAGGCCGUGCAGUUAUUGUUCGCUAUUUUACCAGAGUGAAUGUAGAGAGAGUGACGACUACUCUUCAUUAUGAAGAAAUUUUUGCUGUCAGUGUCAUUCCAAACGAGCAUAAGAAAUUGCCAACAUUGCACAUGAGAUUGUUUGAAUUGUUGUCAACAUUAUGGAUGAUUUGUUGUCGCUCUCCUUACAUCCACUCUAUAUUUUACUAUUAACCAGUGUCUUGUAAUAAGCUACAUAUAGCAAAAUCUCUGAAUAGUACUAUUCGAUGUUUCUGAAUUGUCCACUGAAAAAAAAAGACGUUGAAAGCAGAAAAAAUUGCCAUUUAUUACAAAAAAACUUACACCAGUUAAUCAAUUGUGAUUGUGAGGCUACAUGCUGCUUCCGAUAGGAGAACCAAACGAUGGAGGGUUAUUCGAGAUCUGGCUAUAAAUAGUUUUUUUUAGAAUAAGUGUCGCUUGUUCUCAGGGAUUUAGGAUGCGAAUAAAAGUGUUUGAAUGGGUACUGAAUAAAAAGCCAAUCAAUUUUCAGCAAUAUUAUUGCACAGUUUCUACGAUUUGUAAAAGCAGUUUUGCAUAAGCAACAGUAGAAUUGAUUCAGCAACGAUCUCAUGGAAGCGCUUCUUGUAAUGGUUUAACACAAAAUCAAUGGAAAACCAAAUCUGGUACUGUUGUGUAUUUUGAUAGGGUUCAAAGUCAAAUGGAAGAUUCUCUGUGGAAUCAAUUAUGAAUUUUUGGAAAUGGCUUUUUCAGUUAAAGGUAUUCAAAAUGUUAUUAAAAACUCAGUCCCAAGGAGGUCAAACUAAUGUGAAUCUUGUCAGCGUUCGAGAGGAAAAAAUACUGCCAUAAUAUCAACUCUGUCAUUAAUUAAAAAUAAAAAAAAAUAUAAAUCUUCUGAAGAAAAUCUGUACGCUAUUAGUGAAUUCAGACUUAUACGGAAAUGGCAAUAGUCGACGCCAUCACGAAACAGCUACUUCACAAUAUUUCCACGACAUCCCGCUCGUAACAAGUUUAACAAGAGCUAAUUCAUUGCAGUUGUUUAGAGCGAUGUGAUAACUGUGAUAACUGAGAACGGACUUGAGGGCUCUCUGUGAUUAUUGGUUAAAUAUAGUUCAGCCACUCUUUUUUUCUCUAAUGUGAUGUCGAUCGAACCAAACCUAAAGGUUGAAAGUUUAGGAAUCUUUCGUUUGACAGGAUGAAAGAAUGAAAACUACUCAUAUUCUGAAUUUCAUUUUCAAAUUAUGGUUUUGUUGCGAUCCAAAGCCAGUUAUCAACAGUUUCGAUACUAUUUGAUAAACCCGACAUUAGAGGGCUUAGCCCGGGAGAACCAAGUAGACCAGAUUGACGUGAUACGGUCGAGCGAAGUAAAACUGAAUGCUUUUAUAGUAUUGGAAGUCACGAUAAACACGAAACAAGUUAUAAAUAUUGUAUUAGUAGAAACCCGACUUUAUGGUUAAGAAACAAGAAAUACAAAUAACAAUUUUCAAUAAACUACUCAUACCGGCCUACUAGAGGCUGGAUGAUCAGAGGAAGAGACUCGAAUUUGAAUCGCGCAAAUAGAAGAAAAUAACAAAAAAAUAUGUAAAAAUAGUAGAUGUUGUCUCAGUUGAUAGUAUUGGCAACUAAACCAGAUUACAAACUCUCAAUUGAAUUAUGAACGACGGGAAAGCAAAUAAUUUCAUGAAGAAUUGAUGUGUACAAGUUGGUAGAGCAAGACAUCCACGAAUCGUGCGAAAAAGGAAAAAUGAUUCAUAUGAUGAAAUAAGCAUUUAGCCAGAAUUACGAUUAAAACUAAAAGAUUUUCGUUUACUUAAGUUUUAUUAUGAAUUGGAUACAAAGUAAAAAUGAAUUAUAAAGGAUUAAUCCAAGUGAAAAUAAAAAAAAGAUACCAUAAACACA